ACACACUUACGUCAAAAAAAUUUAUCGUGGUAUUGAAACGUCACUAAAGCCUACGAAAAUUUAUCACAAUCACAACGACGAGAGAUAAAAUAAUACAGGACAGGGUAAAAAUUAAUAUAAGAAUUUGUUCGGAAACCAAUAAGAGGAGAGAGUAACAACCGCAAGAAGACAAGAACAAUCAGUUGCCGUAGAUACAGACACCAGUGUACAUAUUUCAUUCAAAUCGGAUAAUUGUUAUCCAUUUAACUGUUUGUUUUAUAAAUUAAUAAAUUAUUUAUUUAUAAUUAAAUUAUAAUAAUGGCACCAAAACAAAGAAUGCGCAUUGCUAACGAAAAAGCAACCAAGAACAUUACACUACGUGGUAAUGUUCCUAAAUCAUCGAAACCACAAGAAGAAGGAUCACCAGUAGGACCUUGGCUACUUGCUCUGUUCAUCUUUGUCGUCUGUGGAUCAGCUGUAUUUCAAAUUAUCCAGAGUAUCCGGAUGGCAUAAAUAAUUAACAAUUAAAGAAAAAACAUGACGAGCCAACAUCGAUAUUAA